GUGUGAUAGUAUCAAAAGUUGUGGGCCCAUUCCCAAUUCCUGCUAAUUCUACAAAGACUUAGUGAAGAGAUCUGCCAUCACACUAUGGAGAGCUGGAGUCAGAGAGGAGUGUGAGGCGAGAAUGAGACUGACGGUCUCUCGUGUGCGGUCUACAAUGGGCACACGGGAUGCGGAGCGUUUACUGUGGCUGAUAGAUGAUAAUGGAGCACGAUUCCAGCAGACUGUGGAUAGGCGAGCACUUCACUAUGCGCACCUGAAGCGGAAUGCUGAGAGGUCGCCGCAGUUUGGCGGAAAGUUAUGACCGGAUGGAGCGCGCGUCUUCUGGAGGUGUUUCCUUGCCGCAACUUCCCAAGAACAUAAGUAAAGAGUCUCUGUCACCAACAUGAGUUGGAGCUUUCUCACUCGACUGCUGGAGGAAAUCCACAACCACUCCACAUUUGUGGGGAAAGUUUGGCUGACUGUGUUAAUUAUUUUCCGGAUCGUUCUGACCGCAGUGGGGGGUGAGUCAAUCUACUCCGAUGAGCAGACAAAGUUCACCUGCAACACUAAACAGCCUGGCUGUGACAACGUAUGCUACGAUUCCUUCGCCCCACUAUCACACGUCCGGUUCUGGGUGUUCCAGAUAAUCAUGAUUUCCACCCCCUCCGUCAUGUAUCUGGGUUACGCCAUCCAUAAGAUCGCCCGUACCUCGGAGGAGGAGCGGUGCAAAAACCAAAUUUAUCAAAAGAGGAAUCGCCACAGUCGGUGGAGAAAUGGACACCACCUAGAGGAGGUUUUGGAGGAAGACGAUGUCGAGCCAAUGAUCUACGAAGAAGACACGCUGGAUGAGCAGGAGGUCAAACCAGAGACAGACAAGGGCAAAGAUCCAGUGAAGCAUGAUGGUCGACGUAGGAUCAUGCAAGAAGGCUUGAUGAGGAUGUAUGUGCUUCAGCUUUUAUCCCGUGCCAUCUUUGAGGUGGCGUUCCUCACGGGUCAGUAUCUUCUAUAUGGCUUCCGUGUUAACCCUUCAUAUGUCUGCAACAAGAUCCCAUGUCCGCACAGAGUAGACUGCUUCGUUUCACGACCCACCGAGAAGACCAUCUUUUUACUCAUCAUGUAUGUGGUGAGCUGUCUUUGUCUGCUGCUCAAUGUUUGUGAGAUGUUCCACUUGGGGAUCGGUGCCUUCCGUGACACGCUUCGUAAACGUCGAAGCCGCGGUCAACAACCUCCAUACGGCUACCCUUACUCCAGGAACAUUUCUAGUUCUCCGCCAGGAUACAACCUAGUGGUUAAAUCUGACAAACCGGGUCGCAUUCCCAACAGCAUCAUCCUACAGGACCAGAACAUGCCCAGAGUGGUUCCUGAACAGCAUUGCACAAGUCCUGAUGAGAAUAUUCCCUCUGACCUGGCUACUCUGCACCACCAUUUACGAGUAGCUCAGGAACAGCUUGACAUGGCGUUUCAAACAUAUAACACAAAAAACGCUCAGAUUUCCAGAGCUAGCAGCCCUGUGUCUGGUGGCACAAUGACGGAGCAGAACCGGGUCAAUACAGCUCAGGAGAAGCAGGGCGCACGACCUAAAGCCAGCACUGAAAAGGCAGGGACAAUAGCAAAAAAUGGAAAGACAUCUGUGUGGAUUUAAUAGUAAACUCUUACCUGACUACUCAUGAACUAUUAUCCUAUUGUCCCAGCCAAUGCAAACUACACUGAGGGCAUGACUGAACAUUAUGUACCCAAGUUGAACAUUAAACAAAACUGAAAAUAAUAUAUUGUAGAAGGGUAGUAUUCAUUCAUUUACUCUUCACAUUGCUUUACUGUGUUCUCCCUUUCUCAGAAUAAUUACUUCUAUACAUAUGUUACAUACAGUAUUUUAAAUGUGACGUUUCUCUAAAUUCCCAUGCAUGCAAGUGUAUUGACCAUAUUGGAAGUCUGUCAAACAGUUUAGUCUUUAAUGGAUCAUUGAAUUAACUUUGCUAUAUAAGAACAUGUACAUACUCCAUUCAGAUCCUUAUAGCUAUAAGACCUAUACGUUCUUCUGUGGCUCUGUUCCUAACCAAAGUGAGCUGUCCACCUAUCCCUAAGUCUUAAAGUAUAUGCACACUGGUGGUGCAAAGGCAGGUUCCAGUCAGGAAGCAGCAAGAUUAUGCUGCAUUAUAAAAUUCCUUAUUUGCGUCAGAUUCUGCCUUAUGGAUAAAGCAAUCUCAGAAUAUAUUGAGAUGACAAUGUGAUCAAAAAUGGUGGAUGAGAGCAAGAAACCCAACUAUAAAUUAGUGCUGGGCAACGAUUAAUCACGAUUAAUCGCAUCUAAAAUAAAAGUUUUGUUUACAUAAUAUAUGUGUGUACUGUGUAUAUUUAUUAUGUAUAUAUAAACACAAACAUACAGUAUAUAUUUUGAAAAUAUUUCCAUGUAUUCACAUGUAUAUAUUUAUAUUCAUAUAAUUUAUAUUUGUGACCCUGGACCACAAAACCAGUCGUAAGUAGCAUGGGUAUAUUUGUAGCAAUAGUCAAAAUUACAUUAUAUGGGUCAAAAUAAUAGAUUUUUCUUUUAUGCCAAAAAUCAUUAGGAUAUUAAGUAAAGAUCAUGUUCCAUGAAGAUAUUUUGUAAAUUUCCUACCAUAAAUAUACCAAAACUUAAUUUAGAUUAGUAAUAUGCAUUGCUGAGAACUUCAUUUGGACAACUUUAAAGGCGAUUUUCUCAAUAUUUAGAUUUUUUUUUGCACCCUCAGGUUCCAGAUUUUCAAAUUGUUGUAUUUUGGACAAAUAUUGUCCUAUCCUAACAAACAUCAAUGGAAAGCUUCUUUUUUUUGAAUACAUGUAUAAAUCUCCGUUUCAUAAAGCUGACCCUUAUGACUGGUUUUGUGGUCCAGGGUCACACUAAUAAUUAAACCUAACAUAUUUUUUCUUAAAUAUAUACAUGCAUGUGUGUGUAUUUAUAUAUACAUAAUAAAUAUACACAGUGCACACGCAUAUGUUAUGUAAACAAAAAUGUUUAUUGUGGAUGCGAUUAACUGAUUAAUCAUUGCCCGGCACCACUAUAAAUAUACUUGCUGUACAUAUUAUAAAAAAAUGUAUUAAUUAAAAUUACACUUAUUAAAAAUGCACCUUCACACAUCAAGUGAAUGUGCUAUAUGUAUUUAUGACUUUAUUACAACAUCACAUCUAGCUAAAUUCAAUUGGAAUCAAUUGUGAGCGUCAGUUAUAAUUUGUGCUGAUCAGUGACAUUUAAUAUUGUUGCUACCUAUGUAAAGUGAUUUCACUUUGUAUAGUAUGCUUAAAAGGCAGUAGAAAGUGAGACAGCUCACAAGAUUUUGGAAAGGAGCAUUGAAAAGUAAAGGGAUACUCCACAUAAAAAUGCAAUUCUCUCAUCAUUUACUAACUUUCUUUCUUCUGUGGAACACAAACAGAGAUUUUUAAAGAAAGUAUGCAUCUUUGUGAGUCCAUAUAAUGCAAGUUGAUGGGUCUCUCAAAGCUCAUGCUUUGAAAAUCAUGUAAAGCAAACAUAACAUUAAUCUGUUCAUACCACCCACAUUGAUGAAUUAAUGUCUUCUGAAGCAGAAUGAUAGAAAAUUACUAAUAUUUUAAACUAUAAACCAUUGCUUCUAGCUAACUGUCAGCCUGCUGUUAAUGUCAGCAUAUUGUGAAACAUGAUGUAAGCGUGUAGUAAAAUUGCGUGAGAUGUGGCAUUUCUUUGUGCUUAUGUGUCACUUGUUGUGCAAUUUUCACAACAUCACACUUAAAGUGUGAACUUAUGGACCUGCAAUUGACAGUUGGCUGGAAACUAUGGUUUAUAGUUCAUUGUUGCAUUUCAAAAGUCAUUGAUUCAUCAACCGGGGUCACUGGGGUUACCACCAUGUUAAUUUUGCUUUUUUUUUUUUUUUUUUUUGAAGUGUCGGCUUUGAGAAGCCCAUCCACUUGCAUUAUAUAGACUAAAAGAUGAAUUAUUUCUCUAAAAGUCUCUGUUUGUAUUCCACAAAAGCAAUUAAAAUCAUAUACAUCUAGGACGGCAUGAGGUUAAGUAAGUAAUGCAACAAUUUUCAUUUUGGGGUGGAGUAUCUCUUUAACUAAUCUAAAUAAAAGAUUAUGGUGAUUUUCCUGGAUUUUUUUAAUCCCAGAAACAUAUAUGUGCAUAUAAUAUUCAUGUGCAUUUAUAGCUUCUAUAUGCAUAUAUAUUAUGUGGCACUAAAAUGAUGGACUGAGACUGCAAUGAUAAGUUGUACCAUUGUCUUAUUAAGGUAUUUUAAAGGAGCAGUGAAUGAGGACUGAGGCUUUCAAACUUCAAAAAGGACGCAAAAGUGAUCCAUAUGAGUUGAGUGCUAUAUUCCAAAUCUUUUAAAGCCCUACAACAGCUCUGUGAAUUUAGAUCAUUUUUCACUGAAAAUCUUUACAUUUUUAUUUAAUGUCAAACUCAUGCAGUUCAACAGUUCACUCGAAUUAUUUGCCAUGUUCUUGUUCAAUGUGGGUGGUGUUGAUUAAAUUAUGCAUCAAAUAAAAAUACCUAAGCCUGAACAUUAGCAUGAAGUUGGUCAGGUAAGAACAUCUCAAUCAGGAAUGAGGCAAAGUCAUUCAUCAUAACGGGUGUCAGAAAGGUGACUUAAAGCAGCAUUUCUUGUGAUUUAACUUAUUUUCCAUUGUUUCCAAGACCAUUAUGCACACAAUUUACCUCUGAGCUGUCUGGUCUAACAACUUACAAGUAGAUUUAACUGUUUUGUUGAGUUGGUGGCAAAUUUGUAUGAAUUUGUACAAUUUUAUUCUUACAAAAACAUACAAAUUAAAAAAAAAAAGAGCAUGAAGGUCCACUCCUACAACCACCCUAAAGCCUAACAAUGAGCGGGGUGUAAGAAAAUGAUUUUGUAAGCAUUCUUGAAUAGAACUUUUGAGAAGAAAUAUUUGAAAGUUCUGUAAUAUUUAUUGUUUUAUUUUAAAAUCACUAUUCCAAAAUGUGCCUUUACCAAUUACAAUUUUACUGAUAAUGUUUUAUGAUGAUUAAGAAUAAUAAUACAUUUAGGAUUCAUUUAUCAAGAUUCUUUGGCAUUUGAGUUGUUUUGAAUCUGACCAAAAUAUAUAUUUUUUUCUACUGUUAUGUAAAACAUUAUUUCAGAAAUGUGCAUUAUUAUCAUAAGUUUGUGAAUGGCAAUCCACAAAUGCACACAAGGGAUUCACGUAUAAGGCGUGAUAGCUGACCAAGAGCUGGAUCACUUGGCAUGUCAGAGGUGAGCUCAAUUUGUAUAUUUUUUUUUUUUUAACCUUCGCACCUAGAUAAGGUAUGUAUGAAUAAGCACAUGGAUAACAAAUCUGUUUAAUAAACCUUAAAUUCUGUAUUACAAAUAGUGUUGGUUCUUUUACAAACCACUUUAAUCUUUCUCUUUUGUACAUAGCUUGUGGAUAAAACAGUCUGCGAAAUGCAUAACUGUAAAUAGAUAAGUUGAAUGUGGAUAAGCAAAUGGAUAUCAUGUGUGGAUAAGAACA